AUUACACAGACAGAACAUGAAUCACCUUGUCUUUCUUAUCUGUAGAGAUUUGCUUUCAGCUACUUGAAGAAGUAAAUACUUCAGUCAACUCUCGCACAGGUUUCACGGCCUUUCCUUAAAAUCUGAAUAAAUCUCGAUGGAGGGAUUGGGGCGAGCAGAUGAAUCUCUGGCGAUUGAUGGUCAUAAUACAUAAGACCCUUUCACAAGGUGGUCUUCAAAUAUGUCCCUCUGUAUUUUGGGAGAGGGGGUUAUUGGCGGUCAGAAGGAUUGCUGCUAAACGGGGAGGGGGAGAAGCCCCAUGCACGGAGGAUUUCCGGCCAUUGACGGCAUUCCCAUCUUGUCGUUUUAAACCCCAGCAACAAUGCAGCAGCGUGCAUGUCCCGCAGCAUGACAGGACAUCAGAAACUGCUGGAAAAGCUCAGCAGGUCUGGCAGUCUCUGUGGAGAAAAAUCAGAGCUAACCGUUUCGGGUCCAGUGACCCUUCUCAGAACUGGAAGGACAUCAAGUAGCUCGCGUUAACGACGCCGGCAUGGAGUUAGCGAAUGUAUUCAUGAAGAACCGGGCGACCCGGCAACCAGGAAACGAAGCGAUUCUGCGAAGUCCUGUCCUCGACAAACACUUCGAUGCCAGCCUGACUUGCAGUAGGAUGCAUUUUAGCACCGUGACAAGAGACAUGGAAGCCUUUACUGCCAACAGUAUUAGCAGCCUGAAUUCGUCUGGAGCUUAUCACCUCGCGCCUUCUCCCGGGGAGCCGGGUCCUUACAACCACGAAAGCCAUUACGAAGCGUGUCCGGGCGCUCAGCACAGCGGCUACGGCAGCAGCUUCGGCGGCGGCGGCUCCGUCCCGGCCUCGGAGAGCGGCGGUGACCCUUCCAAUUGCUCCUCUCUCACCGCGAGCAGUAGCAAAACGCCAGUGAAGAAGAACCCGAAAGUGGCGAACAUUACAGUGCAACUGGAAAUGAAAGCCCUGUGGGACGAGUUUAACCAACUCGGCACAGAGAUGAUAGUCACCAAAGCCGGGAGGAGAAUGUUUCCUACAUUUCAAGUGAAGAUUUUCGGCAUGGAUCCGAUGGCUGACUACAUGUUGCUCAUGGAUUUUGUACCGGUCGACGACAAAAGAUACCGAUACGCUUUUCAUAGUUCCUCCUGGCUUGUGGCCGGGAAAGCAGAUCCAGCCACCCCAGGUAGGGUACAUUAUCACCCGGAUUCCCCAGCUAAAGGCGCUCAGUGGAUGAAGCAAAUCGUCUCUUUCGACAAGCUAAAACUAACCAAUAAUUUAUUGGACGAUAACGGUCAUAUUAUAUUAAACUCCAUGCACAGAUACCAGCCGCGGUUCCACGUCGUGUAUGUCGAUCCCAGGAAGGACAGUGAAAAAUAUGCCGAGGAAAACUUUAAAACAUUUCUAUUUGAGGAGACAAGAUUUACAGCGGUCACGGCCUAUCAGAACCAUCGGAUAACACAACUAAAGAUCGCCAGCAAUCCUUUUGCGAAAGGAUUCAGAGACUGCGAUCCUGAUGAUUGUUUUGUACCAUAUUUUAGGCCGAGGAAUCACAGGCCUGGGUCAUUACAGUUAAUCAGUGCUUUCGCCAGAAACAGGAACGCCGUGUCUUCACCACAGCAGAACGGCAGUGAGAAAGAUGCGGAUGCCAGAGGUGACUAUGACCGGGAUCCCAACCGGACGGCCAUGCACCCGGAUCACCCCCAUCAGCAGCAGCUCAUGUCGCGAGUGCUGAGCCCGGCUCUCCCAGGCGGACUGCACCCGCUCACCCGGCCAAGCCCGCCACACGAACUGCGGCUGGAGCCUCACCCUCAGCCUCCGGACAGCCUCCACCACACCUACAAAUACCGUUCUUACCACGAUGCUUACAUCGGUGCCAAAGCCAGGCCUACUCCCUAUCCGCUCUCUGGCAUAGCGAGCCACGGCUACCAUCACAUGAACCCAACUGCAAACAUGUACCCAGCCAGUGCAGCGCCUACCAAUUAUGACUAUGGGCACAGAUAACGCCAAGGACGAGAAUGGGCUAGGUACUUUGUAACUUUUUAAGGAAAGGAACUACUCAUGCUGCAAACUAAAGAAGAUGCACAAACCAAACGGGGGAUAACCUGUCUCUUUGUUUUAAUGGAAUUAUUUCCACCAUUUGCAGCUCAAGGCAGCUUCAAGUUGCUGAAACUCAAUAUUUCACUUGAAGGGGUCAGUGACUGAGCGGCAGCUGAUUUGAUAGCCCACUGACCAAUCGCAUUACAGCUGGCUAAAGGACUUCAGCCAUGAUUGGUCAGAAAUCAGGGCAACUGCAAUGACCGUGUUUGUGACUGGUAACUUCCUUUAUUGAUUGACGUGCGCUUCGCCAAUCGGCCGCCGCAGGCCGGUAGAUUCUGACCAAUUGGGGAAAUGCGUGGGUGGGUGCUCCCAGGCGGUGCUGUCCCACGUGGUCGGAUGGAGGGUCGGGGCGUGACUGGCUGCACUGAGGACAGUGAAUAGGAACCUCACACUGCAACUGGAGUUUUUAUUGUAUUGUUCUUAGACGGCAAAAAAAAGGGGGCUAGUUGCAAUUUCAGCUUUGAGAGAAGCCAUAUGUUGUUUGCGACGGGGGUCGAUGGCGACAAAUUCACAAGAGCAAAUAACCACGCAGCUAAAGGCUUAACCCGUUCCUGUGUUAUAAAAGAGUGUGCUUUGAUUGUAUCAACGGUGCCGACUAUCAUCCAGGCUAUAACGACAUUUAUUUGAUUGCGUGUUACUACCGGUGGCCUGGUAGAUAAAUAAAGUAGACAUCACAUUCCCGGUGCAUUAAGUAUUAUGUUUUCAAACGAAAGUAAGAAAUCAUUUCAGAACUCACCAUGAAUUAUCGUUGAUAAGUUAUGCAAUGCAAGUUUAAAGCUAUCUACUGAUCCAAGCAUUUGUAAUAUUUUAAUUUAAUAUAUAUAUAUGUAUUUCUCUCGUUUUUGUGUGCAGAUUGCAUCUAAAUAUAUUUGGGAAAUGGAUGUGAGGAUGUAUUUUACAUUUAUUCCAGUGCUAUUGUUAAAAUACAGGCACUCGCCAUUAGACAGUCAGCCCAAUCCAGAGGCUUCAUUGCGUUAGCUCGGUGACCGAAAUUUAACUCACUCGGAUUUCUUGUCCUUUCUGAUGUCUAGCAAAGAAUGCCCUAAUUUCUGCAUGUAUUCUGAAACAGGAAGGGAGAUGCAAAACCUAAUCGCCGACUAAUCGUUUGCUAUUUGUGAUAUGUUGAAAUUUGCCCACACACACGCACACACACACAUAUACACACACACACAUACACACACACACAUACACACACAUACACAUACACACACACACACAUACACACACACACACAUACACACACACACACACACACAGGGGUAUUACCUGUUCAAAUUAUAGUGCCAACAUUUGGUUAUUGCUGAACUGAUCGCGGAAUGAAGUUGUUGAUAUUUAUUAUUCCUUGCAAUGUGGAUGAUUCAAAUAAUUAUAUUAAUAACAGAGACAAUGCAUGAUGGAGUGACAGUAACCUAAAGGAUGGCAUCUGUAACAGCGGGCUAGUGUAGAUAAGUGUAGAUACUAAACAUGUAGAUACUGUAUAUUCAGAUAGCGACCCUUACUUUUUAGUGGCUGAUGUUGUUCUAACGUGAAAACGAUGUUUGUUGUAAAAUGGCUUUCAUAUUUUUAAGUGAACUAGCGUGUUGUGAUUUUCUAUAUAAACUGAUAAAAUUAAAGAAAAAGACUAAACGUU